AAACUUCCAAGCAAAUCAGUGGGCUCAAGGUCUCUCUCCACCUUUCUCUUCUUCACUCAGAUUCUUUCCUAUAAGCUUGCGUUUCCCUGUUUAUUGUUUUCAUCUCUCUGUCUCUCUCUCAACUCUCUUAUCUGAUUCUUGUUUUCAUCUCUCUCAGUUCUCUUAUUUGAUUCUUGAUCAUGAUACUAAGCAAGAGACCUCAUCUAAUGAUCCGUAAACUGUCGGAGAUGUUGGUUCCAAGAAGCCGGUCUGCUAUCAAACCGGAUGAUUACUCGGCGAGUCCGAGAAGUCCGUUGGAUAUGAAGUUCCCAUCGCCGGUUAACUCAAAACGUUACGGUUCAGGCGGUGUCGGUUUAGGUAUCGUGGCUGCGUUGGAGGAAAGUAACAUUGGGAUUAACCGGUACGAUCCGGUUUGUUUCUCCGGGAGAUUCCGAUGCCCUGAGAUUGAUCUGUCGGAGGAGGAAUACACUUGCGUGACGAGCCGUGAUGGGACGACGAAAGUGUAUCACAGCGACGAGCCGGAGUACGAUGAUCGGAGAAGGCAUAAACCGGUGGUUCAACCACCGGUUAUUAAGAGACGGGUUAAUAGGGAUAAUCCGACAGAGUUUCUGAGCUCGUGUUGCUUGUGUAAGAAGAGACUUCAAGGCAAAGACAUUUACAUGUACAAAGGAGAGAUGGGAUUCUGCAGUGCAGAGUGUAGAUCAGUGCAGAUAAUGAACGACGAGCGAAAGGAGCAAUCUAAACAGCAAGUUUUGAGAAACGUCGACGUUUCGAGCUCUCUAUAUGCCGGCGAACAGAGUUUCUCCCCCGGGAUAUUCGUAUUUUAGGAUAGCGUAAUAAUUUCGGUAAAAAAAAAAGAGUGAUCAUCAUUCUAUUUUACAUGAAGAAAAAAAGUUAAGAAAAUGAAAAAAAAUGAAAAUUUUGGUUAGAGUAAAGCAAACUGUAUAGAAGCUUUGCUUUUGGUUUUGUUUUUUUUGAAUAACGAUUAAUGUCUAUAUGUUUUGCUUCUGAAUCAAAUAAAUCAAUAAAAAGCUAGCGAUGAUUUAACAAAAAA